AUGGCGCCGGUGUGUAUGGCUGGCCGUCUGCUGCUCCCACUUUGGCUGGCAUUUUUGUUGUUUGUAAUCCUUGGCACUGUACAGAUCGAGUCUCUGCUGGUGUAUGAUCACCAAUCCAUCUUAGAUCUGAGACAUAAUGUCAGAGAUCUAAGUAUAUUUGAUCACGGUGGACAGAAAACUCUGCCCCCGCUCCUGUCGGAAAUCCUGACUCACCUUUACCGGGCCUCGGCUCUACCCCCCCGGCAGAAGCGUCUCCGUCGCCGCGGUAAACGCGGCGGUCGGCUGGUGAAACUGAAGGUCUGCCUGGCACGAUCUUCGUCCAUUUCCCGGUCAGGACAUGGAUUAUCCUUUCCCUUCGCUGUGCCCCGGCGUUUCCUGGACCCGAUCGACGCCUGCCUGGUACCUGUCGCCGGUCUGGUUGAGGGUUUCCGGCCCCGCCGCCCCUGCUCUCCCCGGUUCUCUCAGCGCGGGGUGAAUCUCCAGAACCUGAAGACGCUGCUCCGGGCUCCCCGAUCCGCCGAAACACAGGCCCCGGCUCCUGCCAGGAUUGGGCUGAGACCUGGAUCGGUGCUGGAGUUCUAUGAUGUACCCGACUCCUUCCUUGACCCAUACAGUCAGGACAGAGAGAACACUACACCAGCACCACAGUCUGACUACGUUCCUCCACCAGGAGAUGUAACAGUUCUCAGUGUAAGUGCUGACCAGGAGACUGUUUCUCUUGGCUUUUCACUCACUGAGACCUCUGUUAGGUAUAAACUGCAAAUAGAUUACUCCUCCAUACAGAGGAGCAGUUUGAUCAGAGAGGACUCCAGCACUGUGACGGUUGGGGGACUGAAUCCUGGGACUGAGUAUACUUUCAGCAUCAUAAGGAUUGCUGAUAAUGGAAAUCAAAGCAAAGCAACCUCGCUAUCUGUCUUCACAGAGCCCAGCCCUCCUGCAAAGAUUACAGUUGACCAGAUAAGCAGUGAGUCGCUGUCUCUGAGUUGGGACCCACCUGCUGGUGAAGUGGAGAGCUACACUGUGACCUGUUGCAGCGAGGGAGAAACUGAGCAAGUGAUGACAACAGACGCAAACAACCUGACUUUCAGCAACCUGAAGCCAGGGGUGUGUUACUCCCUCCAGGUUUCUGCACAACUUAGGAAUGGAAGACAAAGCAAGCCAGCUGUAACAGCUGCUACCACAAAGACACACCUACAGAGCUUUUUGAAGGAUCUGGGGUUGGAGCAGCACUACACAGAGAAGCUAUCCCUGAACACAAUACUUCAGAUUGACGAGAGGACCAUCUCUGAUGAAUCCAUCAAGUGUAAUUCAGAUCUUCCAUGGUAUUUUCUGAAGAAACUGAUGAUGGUUAAUGUGACAGCUAGGAAUAUGAAAUGUACAUCUGCAUGUGAGUCAUAUUGUGAUGAUCCGUCAGGGAAUACAGAGUUAGAUCUUAAUGAUCAAUUUAACAGCCAACGUUCAGAUGACAUGUUAAACCCCCUUGACAUAAUCACUGCUCUCUUUCUGUGUUCUGAUGCUUUUGUACAACAGGAAAUGGCACACAAAAUGUCUAUGUGUCAGUUUUCUGUGCCUCUGUUGCUUCCCAAUUGUGACACAAAGCAGUGCACACUCAUGCUUUGGGCCAUGAGAGACAUCGUUAAAAAGUACAGACCUCAGUCACUUUCAGAGUCCAAGGGCUUCAUUGAACAAAGAAUUGUUCUCUCUGAACUUCCAAUGAUAUCUUUUGUGAGACUGGGUGAGUGCUCCCUGUCCAAGUCAGAGAUCCUCAAUAAGCUUCUGAGCAAUUCUCAGCAGUACUUCAAGCAAACAGAGGGUCACGUCUAUCUAGUUGAAGGAUACAGAGAAGACUUUGCAAACAGUGCAAAGACCCUUCGACGAGAAAUGGAGAGCUCUGUGUUUAAUCAACUCACAGCAACAGCUGACAUCAGACAGGGAAUGACAGAACUUGAUAAAAUCAAAGAGAACCACGCAAAAGAAUUAGAGGGGAGAGUGUGUGCAUUGAUUGAACAAUGUCGGGGAAAAAAUGUAGAGAUGACCGGCAAAGAGCUCGACAAAGAAUUUGAUAAGAUGUGGAACAGAAUGGUGAAGGAACUCUCCUUCUCUAAGCAAAAGCCUGCAGAUGUCUUUGCAAGGGUGUACCACUACCUGAGAGAAAAUCUAAGACGUAAGGGAAGUCAUGUCUGUCAAUUGCUCAGUGAAAAAAGCCUGACAGAAUGUGGACUUGUUCCUUUCAAAUAUACUGCAGAAGGAUUCUUCAACCAGUUGAAACACAGAAUCACCAAGUUCUUCAACACUGAAGAUCACAUAAAGACUGUACAACAAAUGGCUGACAGUAUCAUAGCAGAUUGCAAACAGUAUGUCACUGGAAAAGUGGAAAGAAAAAGUAAUUACCAUGACACUUACAUUCAGGAGAUCCUCCACAUGAUUGACGAGAAGCUGCAAAACAAUAAGGAAGUGAAGACAGAGACUGAGUUUGAAGUUUCUCUGAAACAGCACAUCUGUGGAGACGCAGCCAGACAGUUUCAGAAAAUGCAUUCAGAUUUCAUACAUGAGAAUGAUCCCUACAGAUGUCUGAAUGAAAACAAAGCUAAGUUUCUAACUGAUUUUAAAGAUGUGUUCCAUAAACGAGACCAGUGCCAGAAGAAGGCAGAAGAAUUCACAAACUGCUGCCUGAAGCCUGCUGUCGAAGACUUUGUCAAGCGUUCCUUGGGUCCUGAUAUCAUUGGUGAAAUGAUGACAAGCCCGCAGUUCAGCACACGAAUAUAUCUCCAGUAUACAAUUUUACUGGAUUUGCUCACAAAGGAUGACUUUAAAAGCUAUCUGAGCUACAUUGGCUCAUAUGAGGAUUAUGUAAAGAAAUGGAUCCUCGACCAAAUAGUUGAACGCUUCUCAAAAGGGUCUAUCAUGUUUGAGCUUGAGGAUAAACAUGUUCAGUCAAGCAUCAGGAACAUAACCAAUGCUAUCAACAAAGCUAAAACCAAAAAGAUUGGCAACUUGAAAACAUUUGUUGAGGAUGUCUGUCAGGAGCUUGGUGAUAAACUGGUCAUUUCCCAGGAUGCUCUUGGUGCUUUCAUGAUCCUGAACAAUGCUGACCCUGAACAGUUUGCUAACUGGCUCACUGACUGUCUGAAGGACAUGGCAGAAGCUCUUAGAAAGAAGUUUAAAGAAACAAACAUCCAGAUGAAACUAAGAAAACUCAAUGUGAAUCCUCAGAACGAGCUUUUCACCAAACUGAUUGGAUGUGGUAAACAGUGUCCAUUCUGCAAAGCACCUUGUGAGGCAGGAGAAAAAACCCACACUGAGCACUGGACCUCACUACAUCGGCCAGAUGGUCUGGGUGCAUAUAGGUGGAGUGGGACCAAUAAACUUGCCAUUGACAUAUGCAGUUCCUCUGUGCUCACUGACAUUUGUUUUCGCUGCAAUGCUACCAAUGGUCAAUCGCACCCUUACAAGCGUUACAAAGAAAUUUUCCCUGACUGGAAAAUUGUUCCAGAAGCAAGCCUCCAGGCAUCAGACUACUGGAAAUAUGUACUGGAAAGGUUCAACGAUAAGUUUGCCAAAGAAUAUCAUGCAAAGCCUGCUGAUAUUCCUGCCAGCUGGAAAGGUAUUACACGUAAGCAAGCAGAGGCAAGCAUCAAAGAGUCCUUUAACAUCAAGUGAGAAACAACAUUGUGGUUAUAGAGGUGUACAUCCUCCUCAUAUACAUUCACUAUCCUCACAUGGAUAUUUUGAUCUUAUGUGUCCUGAACGAUACUGAAGACAAUCACAAAAAGUAACACUGUAUAUAUAAGAUGACAAGGUUAAAGAUAUUGUCAGUGCUCAGAUAUAUUUUACCACUGAGGCUUGAAAUAGGAAAAUAUAAGAAAGUCACUGCAAUUAGUGUUCACUUUUACCUGAGAUCACAUGAUGUACACAGUUAAUCAAAUAUGAUAUAUCUUUCAUUGAGUGUUUUUGUUUCUGUGACGUAUCAGAUGUCAAUUUUUUUUUCUUUUUUCAAUCACCCCUCAGUCUUUAUGUGAUAUUGUCAUAGUAGGACAGUUUAAAAAAUCUGUUCAACUAUAAGAUGCUGUUGUUUACUCAUAGUUAGUGUCUACUUGAUUUUUGUUUCAGUGAAGUACCUAAUGCUAAUUAUUCACAAUGUCAAUGUAUUAAAAGAUCACCCAGUUUCAAUGUCAACAUCAGAGUCUUAUCUAAUUGUAUGUACAGUAAUAUGUUAUUUUCAUAACUCAAAAUUUGGAAUGUCUUUGUUUUAUUUAAAUUAGGUACCUGGUAUCAUUUUAACUCAGACUUUAAAAUCUAUAUCUGAUGCAAAAUAUUUGACUUUUUCCUUUUUUAAACAUCACUCAGUCUUUAUGUGGUAUUGUCAUAAUUAAGUAUGAUAUGUGAUUUGUUUACUCAAAAGUUAAAAUAGAUUGUUUUUUGUUUCUAAGAGGUUUCUAAUGUAAAAUAUUUACAUUUUCAAUGUAUUACAAGAUCACGCAGUUUCAAAGUCAACAUGUGGGUCUUAUCGAAUUGAGUGCGAUAUGUAAUUUUCGUAACUCAAAAUUUGGAAUGUCUUUCUUUUAUUUUAAUUAAGUACCUAGUUCUACAUACAGUAUAUACAUUUUUAAGUUUAUCUUUAACUCAGACUUUAAAAUCUCUUCUUUGUGAAGUAUCUGAUGCAAAAUAUUUGACUUUUUCCUUUUUUAAACACCACUCAGUCUUUAUGUGGUAUUGUCACAAUUAAGUAUGAUAUGUGAUUGUUUCAUCAAAAGUGAGAAUAGAUUUGUUUUUGUUUCUCAGAGGUAUCUUAUACAAAAUAUUUACAUUUUCAAUGUAUUAAAAGAUCAUUCAGUUUCAGUGUAAACAUGUAGGUCAUACAUGACAAUGAUGUUUCCUUAUCUACAUGAGAAGAGCAUGUAAUUUCCUUACCUUGAAAUCUGGAAUAUCUUCGUUUUAAUCUUAAUUAAAUAUCUGGUGACAAAUACAUUUUCAGUUUAUGUGAUAUUUUUGCUUUUUACUAUUUUUAUUUUUACAUUUCUAUGAAGUAUCUGAUGUCACAUAUUUACUUUGUUCAAUCAAUUAAAAUGUCUUCCCUCUUUAUGAGACUCAUUCUUGAGAACUUGGAUAGAACCUUACUUUUUGGGGUUUUUGAUUUCUCGUCUUCAAUUAGGCUCGGAAAAUAUAUUUGAAAAGAACAAAGUCUUGAUUUUUAAACCUUGUAAUGGGCCAACCUGCCAGUCAUUUAUUUUUUUCUUGAAUGGCAUAAUUGAUGUCAGAGGUAAGAUCUGACAGAGUUGGCAAAAAGUUAGAUAUUUAAUAAUUUCACUGCAGUUGUACAGAGUAGCCUUUUUAUUUUUCAAAUUUGCUGACAGUUCUCCUAAUGCUAAUCAAAAUACCAAUUUUGAAACCACAUUUAUUUUUUAGUUUUGAUUUCGAAGGGCUUCAAAGUUGACGUUAUGAUAGCAAUAUUAUUUAGUGAAUUUAUCAAAACAUAGAAAGCUUACCAGUACUUGAGCAGCAUUCCCACCUUUUUGGAAACCAGGAAGUGAGACAGGAGUCCUAAGGAUGUAUAUGUAAAUUUGAGAGAGCUGACAAAACACUUGGACACAUCAUUAAAGGGUGAACAUCUUCACAAAACAUAAAUAGAUUAUAGUAGAUCAUUUUUACACUAAUGUUAUCAGUAUGAACUGUUAGUUCUAGAUUUUGAGGACUU